AUGCCCCCCCCUGCCCAUUCCGUGCCCGCCGCCUCCUCGCCGCGCCGCGCCGCCUGCCUGGUCUGGACCCGCUCACAGCUGCUUGUGUGGGAUGCGACCCGGGGUGAGGCAGCUGCAGUGCUGACUGAGAUGCCGCGAAACCUCACAGACGAAGCGGCUGGGGCUAAAGCAGGCAGCUCUUGCGAGGAGGGGAGGGCGCUCGCGUUGGAUGCGCUCUGCACGCAGCGGCCUCCCUCCGAGUCCUGGUUCAGAUCUGGCCGGGAGACGACGAGCGGCGAGCCCGCGCACGCGUUUCCCGCAGCAGCCCUCCUCACCUCAACAGCCGCCACCACCACAGCCUCCGCCUCCUCCGCCGCCACUGCCACCGCCUCUGCCGUCUCCUCCACCUCCAUUGCCGUUGGACGGCUCACUCGGGUCAUUGGCACUGUGGUCACGGCUGGAUCCAGCACGCGCAGAAGGACAGCGGCGGUGGCGGCGGCGAUGGCAGCGAAGGCGGCGACGGCCAAGGGCAGCAUCUGCCGCGCCAAGACACG